CUUCCUCUCAAGACAGGACGCACCCUUUCAGCUCUACUGGUGGCAGAAAUGCUUCUGGAUUUGCCUCUUCCUGCCCAUGCUAUUUGUUGCUGUUGCAGGAAACAUAAUCGUCAUGUGGAUUGUUCUUGCGCAUCGAAGAAUGCGUACUGUCACCAAUUAUCUGUUGGUGAACCUGAGUUUGGCUGAUCUCCUAAUGUCGCUGCUGAACUGCAUUUUCAACUUUAUUUUCAUGGUGAAUUCGCACUGGCCCUUCGGAGCGUUCUACUGCACUGUCAACUUUGUUGCCAACUUCACUGUGGCUGACUCAGUAUUCACUCUGGUUGCCAUUUCUAUUGACAGUGAAAACACCAUCGUGAGGAGUUUGGACAUCCCGGAAUCAUUUAAAGGAUCAUUUAUCAACUAUACAGUAAGAAUAAACUUGUUUCCAGAUUUUAGGGAUGUUAUUUCGAAGGCGCUUAUUGAGAGCAAAGCCAAUAACAAUAGACUCGAAGUUGGUAUUGUAAGGAAUGAUAAGAGAAGAUCCUAA